UUUAAUUAUUUACUUAAUUAAUAAUGGCGUGAAGUUGUCAAAUGAUAUAAUAUUUCAUAUUCUAGCAACGAGAGUGACUAAGUAGCUGAUCUAGUUAGCUAAGCAAUCAAAUAAAUAAUAUAACAGUAUGUUUUUAACAUCUAACUCACGAAAAAGGAGGAUGAAGAAUAUUAGCGAAAUCUAUUUAUAAUUGUCAAUAAUCCUAGAGUCCGAGAUAUCUCCCAAAUACUAUUAAUUCAAUUGUGAUAAUCAUGGCUCAGACAAGUAACUUGAAGAGGCGCAAUGCAUCUGUCUCCGAUCCAUCAGGUUCUUCUAGUGGAGGAGGAAGUAGUAAUCCCUUGAGUAGUCUUCCCAACGGCAAUCCUACUGGCACUCUAACUGAUGAACUUGCUGCCCUGUUCGAAUGUCCUGUGUGUUUUGAAAUAGUGUUACCUCCAAUAAUGCAGUGUCAGGUUGGACACUUGGUUUGUGCCAGUUGUCGCCCUAAACUAUCAUGUUGUCCAACUUGCAGAGGGACCUUAGGAAAUAUAAGAAAUCUUGCCAUGGAAAAGGUAGCAAAUAACUUAAUGUUCCCUUGCAAACACAAAUCGACUGGCUGUAGAAUGUCUGUUGGGUUGAACGAAAAGGCAGAACAUGAAGAAAUUUGCGAAUUUAGACCUUACAGUUGCCCAUGCCCUGGUGCUUCUUGUUCUUGGCAGGGCCAAUUAGACAAAGUGAUGGUCCACCUACAACAUGCUCAUAAAAAUAUAACAACAUUAAAUGGGGAGGAUAUAGUAUUCCUAGCAACGGAGAUAAAUCUAGCCGGUGCAGUUGAUUGGGUUAUGAUGCAAAGCUGUUUUGGACAUCAUUUCAUGUUAGUUCUAGAAAAACAAGAAAAAAGUGAUGGUCAUACCCAAUUUUUUGCUAUCGUGCAACUUAUUGGAUCUAGAAAACAAGCUGAACAUUUUGCAUAUAGACUGGAGUUGAAUGGUAAUAGACGAAGGCUCAUUUGGGAAGCAAUGCCAAGAUCAAGCCAUGAAGGAGUGGCCUCUGCAAUCAUGGGAUCUGAUUGUUUAGUUUUUGAUAAUUCAAUUGCACAGCACUUUGCAGAUAACGGUAACUUAGGAAUAAAUGUUACCAUAUCAUUAGUCUGCUGAAUGUUCUUGUUUUUGAUGCUUUAUUGUUUACAAGCUUCUUUUAUUAUUUAUAUUAUAUUGAAUUCACGUUCAUUUUUUCCUCUUCAUUUUAUGAAAUAGUGAUAAUGUUACAUUACUUUUUAUUAUCUGUUAUUUCAUUCUAAUUUUGAGUAAGUAGUGACAAGUUAUAAUUAUACUGAUAUUGAAGUAAAGUAAACCAAAAUACAUUCCAAAAUGUGUACCAAAAUUUUAGUUUUCUACGUUGAAAACCACUUGAUCCCUUUUUUGUAAGCGAGUCAAUAUCGGCAGCUAAGACAGAACUGAUAUAAAAAUAAUUGUUCUUCAAAUGUGAUGUUAAAAUCUAUAUGUGAAUAAUUUCGAUGGAAAUCAUGAGUUUUUCCGGAAGAUCCAUCUCUACUUCAGUCAUUUUGUAAAAAUAUUGUAUAUUAGAUUUCUACAUUAGAAUCGAUUUUUUGUAGUGAUAAUUAUUUUAUGAUAAGUAAAAAUUCUAGGAAGAAUAUUUAGCCAUCACGAAAGUUUAUUCUUCCUUCAAUUUUAAUUCUUUAAUUGAAUCUUGUUUAAUGUUUGAAAAUAAUUUUUUUUCGACUUUUUAAUUAUUUGUGUACCUUAUUUAUUCAAUUUAAUGACUAAGCAAUGUACAGAUGAUUUUAUUAACAAAUUGAGGAUUUGCAGGGAAUAUUUGUGAGAAGAAUUUUUAUGGUAAAUCCCCAUUUUAAUACAUAAGUUAUAAAUCGAUAAUAAUGGGGGUUUACAUUUACAAUGAUUGAACAAAUUAUAUUUGAAAUAUGCCUCCUUGUAAUUCAAAUGAUUAAACUAUCAGAGAAAGGA